GUUGUUUACAUAACAUCCGUGAUCGUGUGCUAUGUGUUUUAUAUUUCAUCAUUGAUAAUGUUUGCACAUGUGAUGAUACAUAAUAUUGGUUGUAGGAAAUGGCGGACGAGGAGUUAACUGAUAUCAUGGUAGACAUGGAGUUUGGAGAACUGAUGAAAGACUGGAUAGAAGAUUGGUCAGAUGAUGAAAAUUCAGAUCGUGAAGAUCGGUCAGAGAAUGGGAACGAAUGGGACGAUCUUAAUAUCGAUGAGCUUGAUGAUGAUCAGGAAAACAACUCGGAGCUCUCGAAUGAAGAUUACAUUAGUCAGUUUAUUUCCGAAUGUCAUAAUGCGUACGACUAUUACGGUGAAUCCGACGCGGAGACAGGCCUUAACGACGAAUCAUUAGAUGCACCUGGUUCUGGGGAGUCCGAGUCGUCGGUCAUCAUGAGUGAGGUGACACAAGAUGAUGGGGCAAAGAAUGUCCAAGAUACUGCCAGUGCAGAUGAUAAGAGGGAUAUGUUCAUGCAGAUAAUGGAAAUGACCUUUACGUCACACGAUGCUGCGUAUGAUUUCUACAACAGCUAUGCUAGAGAUAAUGGUUUCAGCAUUAGAAAGAAUAAGGUCAGGUAUAGCAAAACAGAGUCACGUCAUAUGCGUUAUAGGCGGUUUGUUUGUUCAAGACAAGGGAAACGUGACAGCAAGUUGCUAGCCGAGGAAGGACACAGCCGUAGGCUCAGAGCCGAGACACCCUGCUUUUGCGAAGCGCACCUGACCGUCAAGGUUGACCAAAAGCCUGGGGUUUGGUAUGUUGAAAGUUUUGAGGACAAGCAUAGCCAUAUGUUGGCAGGACCGGACGAGGUACCUUUUCUUUGGUCCCACAGAAAAAUCAAAGAGUACCAGAAGCAUGAGAUAAUGUCCAUGGGAGCUGCAGGGAUUAGAAUUCACGACAUGAUGGAUUGCUUCAUCAGCAAACAUGUAUGGUACGGCAGUGUUGGUUUUACCAGGCGUGAAAUAUACAACCUUUGCGCCAAGGAGAAGAGGAAGCUACUUUCAAAAGGUGAUGCUGCCACAGCCAUAGGCAUCAUGGCCAGUAGGAAACAGAGGGAUCCUAGCUUCUUUUUCGAGUACAUGCUAGAUAAGGAAGGACAUUUGAAUAGGAUGUUCUGGUGCGACUCCCAGUCUCAUCAUGACUAUGAGGACUUCGGCGACGUGCUUGUAUUUGACAGCACGUACAAGAUGAACCACUAUGGUAUGCCAUUAAUACCUUUUGUUGGUCUUAACAAUCACCGGAAGACGACUGUUUUUGGUUGUGCCAUAGUUUCGGACGAGACCGAGGAGACAUACGUGUGGCUUCUGCAGACUUUUUUGAGGUCCAUGUGUCAAAAGAUACCUAAGAGUGUUAUCACAGACGCCGACGCUGCGAUGAUCAAGGCAAUUCGUGAAGUCUUGCCAGACGUGUGGCACCGUAUAUGUACGUGGCACAUAGAGAAAAAUAUGAAGAUUCACCUCAGUCACAAAUCCUUGAAGGAGUUCCGAACUCUUCUGUACUACAGCACGUCCACGGCAACGUUUGAGGAGAGAUGGCACGCAUUUUCCAAAAGAUGGCAGUCGGAAAAAACUGUAACAUGGUUGAGGCGGAUGUAUAAGAAGAGGAGACUGUGGGCCGUGGCAUAUCUAACUGAGCGGUUUUGGCUUGGCAUGAAAAUCAACCAGCGGAGUGAAAGCCUGAACUCAUGCCUUCACCUCCACCUAGACGGUGAAAUGACCCUGGUGGAUAUGAUUUUGCACUAUGAGAACGCCGUUCUGCGUAUCCGUGAAAACGAGGCGUGA